AAAAGAAAUCACAUGGAAAAUCAGUCUACUGUGACAGAGUUUCUUCUGAUGGGAUUUGCUGAUGAUCGUGAGGGGCAAAUUUUGCAUUUUGUGAUAUUCCUCUCCAUUUAUGUGACAGCCCUGUCUGUGAAUAUUCUCAUAAUCACAGUUGUUCCCCUUAAUCACCAGCUUCACACUCCCAUGUACUUUUUUUUGGUGAAUUUAUCAUUCUCAGAUAUAUGUCUUAUUUCUGUCACUGUCCCCAAAUCCAUGUCCAAUUCCUUAACAAACAACAAACUGAUCUCUUUCUAUGGAUGUGCAACUCAGAUUUUCUGUGUCAUGACCUUUGCAGUGGCUGAGUUAUUCCUUCUCUCCAUCAUGGCUUAUGACCGCUAUGUAGCAAUCUGCCAUCCUCUACGGUACAAAUUAAUCAUGAAUUGGGAUGUCUGUGCUCAGAUGGCUGCUGCUUCCUGGGUCAUCGGUGUAAUGCAUGGAGUGUUACACACAGGUGUCACAUUUAGGUUAAGCUUCUGUGGAUCCAAUAUUGUUGAGCAGUUUUUCUGUGAUAUGCCUCAGCUACUAAAGAUCUCUUGUUCAGAUACAAAAAUGAAUCAAGACCUGAUAUUAGUAAAUGGGAGUGUUGUGAAUGCCUUUGUGUUUGUAUUCAUCUUUGUUUCCUAUGGCUACAUCUUCUCCACUGUAUUGAAGAUUCCAUCUGUUCAGGGCAGAUAUAAAGCCUUCUUUACCUGCACUCCUCACUUGAUGGUCUUUUCUUUAUUUAUCAUCACAGCUGUGUUUUCCAACCUGAGGCCUAAAGCACUUUCCACUCCAACUGUAGACUUGAUCUCUGCUGUUAUGUAUUGUGUUUUACCACCAGCACUGAAUCCUAUAAUUUAUAGCAUCAGGAAUAAAGAUAUCCAAGAGGCUGUGGGGAAAAUACCUCAUAAAAUUAAAAAUCUAAUAGGAUGUUAA